AUGGUUCUACGAAUGGCGGUACUCACUAACGAUGCCGACUACGAUGCCGGUGAAACGUUUGGGAAUGUACCACCUCCACGGUUCAACUUUGGGAAUGAUCAUGCAGACAAUGGACUCCGGACUAGGUGCGUUCCUCUAAGUCUUCCUCCCUUAAUCUUGUUAUCCACAAUUGAUAUGGAAUUGCCUAAUAAUCCUAAUAGGUAA